UGGGAUUUCUACCAGGGAGCCACCAGCAGGGUCCAGAGACAGCCCCAUCUCCUGUAUCAUGCUCUGGCUAGUAGGUAUGUGAUAAAUGUGAAGAUGCUGCUUCCGUCUUUCAGCUGGGAGGCACAAAGGUUCUCUCUUUCUACCUUCUAAUCCCUUCUGGCUUCUCUAAGCAAGGUGGGGUGGGACACCGUUAACAUGUGCCUCCCAGAGCGUCCAUUUACCUGGUGCUGCUGUUCUGUGAAUAGUGGGGUUGUGAAUGGUGCAGCAAGUACUGAGUGUUGGACUCUUAUUCUUUCAGGGGCCGGUGACUUUCGAGGAGGUGGCUGUGUAUUUCACCAGGGAAGAGGGGGUUCUGCUGGACCCCACUCAGAGAGCCCUCUACAGGGAUGUCAUGCAGGAGAACUAUGAGACGGUGGUCUUGCUGGGGUUUCCAGUUUCCAAACCUAAUGUGAUCUCACAGCUGGAACGAGGGGAAGAGCCAUGGAUCCCAGACCUCCAGGGCUCUGAGAAAGAAGUGCUUCUGAAAGCUGCCUUCACAGGGAGUGACCUAUGUCUAGAUUCUCUCUGUCUUCCAUCAGGUGAUGGGAUGGUGAGUGAGAAUGAGGAGGAGAAACCCCAGCAGGAAGAUGCUGAGCAAGUAGAACCACAUGGAAUGUUAUCAGGAAGAUCCAAAGGGAAUGUCUCCGGGAGUUGUGCACUCCGAGAAAAAGCAAUAUCAUGUGUGACUCAGGAGAUGCCAGAGGAAAACUUCAGUAGCCUCUCAGACCUUAUAACCCGUGAUAGAAUCAACUUGGAAGGGAGACACUACACAUGUCAUGAGUGCGGGAAAAGAUUCAGUUGGAGCUCACACUUUCUCACACAUUGGAGAACCCACACUGGAGAGAAGCCCUACACGUGCUCUGAGUGCGGGAAAAGUUUUAGUCAGCGUUCAAACCUUAUCACACAUCAGAGAAUCCACACAGGAGAGACUCCCUACACAUGCGCUGAGUGUGGGAAAAGCUUUAAUCGGAGCUCAAACCUUAUCAGACAUGAGAGAAUCCACACAGGAGAGACGCCCUAUACGUGCUCUGAGUGCGGGAAAAGCUUAAUUGAUAGUUCAAGCCUCAACUCACAUCAGCGAAUCCACACAGGAGAGACACCCUACACAUGCUCUGAGUGCGGGAAAAACUUCAAUCAGCGCUCUGCCCUUAGGAGACAUAGGAGAAUCCACACGGGUGAGAAACCUUAUGGAUGCUCUGAGUGCAGGAAAAGCUUUAGUCAGCGUUCAGACCUUAUCACACAUCAGAGAAUCCACACAGGUGAGAAGCCCUACACGUGCUCUGAGUGCGGGAAAAGCUUCAAUGAUCGCUCAAACCUUAUCACACAUGAGAGAAUCCACACAGGAGAGACGCCCUACACGUGCUCUGAGUGCAGGAAAAGCUUUAGUCAGCACUCACAACUUAUCUCACAUUAUAGAAUCCACACAGGAGAGAUGCCCUACGCGUGCUCUGAGUGUGGGAAAAGUUUCAGGGAGAACUCACACCUUAUCAGACAUCAGAGAAUCCACACAGGAGAGACUCCCUACACAUGCGCUGAGUGUGGGAAAAGCUUUAAUCGGAGCUCAAACCUUAUCAGACAUGAGAGAAUCCACACAGGAGAGACGCCCUAUACGUGCUCUGAGUGCGGGAAAAGCUUAAUUGAUAGUUCAAGCCUCAACUCACAUCAGCGAAUCCACACAGGAGAGACACCCUACACAUGCUCUGAGUGCGGGAAAAACUUCAAUCAGCGCUCUGCCCUUAGGAGACAUAGGAGAAUCCACACGGGUGAGAAACCUUAUGGAUGCUCUGAGUGCAGGAAAAGCUUUAGUCAGCGUUCAGACCUUAUCAGACAUCAGAGAAUCCACACAGGAGAGACACCCUACAUGUGCUCUGAGUGUGGGAAAAGCUUCAAUGAUCACUCAAACCUUAUCACACAUAAGAGAAUCCACACAGGAGAGAUGCCCUACACAUGCUCUUAGUGUGGGAAAAGCUUUAGUCAGCACUCACAACUUAUCUCACAUUAUAGAAUCCACACAGGAGAGACACCCUACACGUGCUCUGAGUGCGGGAAAAGCUUCAAUGAUCGCUCAAACCUUAUCACACAUGAGAGAAUCCACACAGGAGAGACGCCCUACACAUGCUCUGAGUGUGGGAAAAACUUCAAUCGGAGCUCUGACCUGAUUACACAUCAGAGAAUCUACACAGGUGAGACACCUUACAGAUACUCUGAGUGUGGGAAAAGCUUCAAAAAGAGCUCACACCUUAUUAGACAUCAGAAAAUCCACAUAAGAGAACUGUAACAAAUGCCUUGAUUAGGGCUGGGCAAACUAUUUUUUUUUUUAAUAAUCACAUUUGCUAAUUCUCACAUAGUGAUCUGUGCACCAUCUUCACUGUGGUCUCUCAGCUCCACGAGAUGAGUUGCCUGCUUCUGCCUUUUGCACUCACCUUCUUUGGGGUCAGUCCUCUGAUCUUUUCUAUCAACUCCUUUCCUUUUGAGUCAUAGGAGUGUGUCCCCGUCCAGCCAGGAAUGUUCAUCAGCUCCAGGUGGGAGACAAAGGUUUGAUUCCCAACAAGCUACACUGAGGCAAAACUACCUGUGCCUUACAGCCACUAGGACUGUACAUGGCAUUGGCUGCUCAAGUUAGUGAUCUUGGUGUAAAAAGACAAUUAUAGUUGUAGUGUAGAUCCAGCCCAGGUGCAGUGUUUGGCAUUAGCUUUCCCCUUGACCAGCCCUAAACUACAUCACUUUUCCUAGUCUAAACAAACCCUGAGCAUCACGGUUAUUCUGAUGUUGCUUCAGGUUGUACUGGAGAGCAGAUAUUUUUACAACCAUUUUCCUCACUUAAAAUAUAUUGAACUAUAAGAAAGAGCAGGAACAGGGCAGGGAUAGGGAAAAAUGUCAUUUCACCCUCUGUAACAAGAGAAGAAGAUAGGGUAAAUCAAAGGGAUUCCCUUAUUCCUCAUCACCAUCCCAAUCCCCUGUUCAACUGGUUAGGUCAAUAUUUUUUCUAAAGGGCUGGGAAGAGGAUUCCCUAGUAAAUGACUUGUAACUAAGCAAAAUACCCAUGCAUUUGGCUCCCAAAGCAGUUGUGGCCCAGGCCCUGCAGGAGGUCGCUCCUGAAGAUCUGCUUCCUAAUCAGGUGCAUGUUGCCUAUUAUUUGGGAAAUGCAAUCCCUAUCUGGUUAGAAAUGGGAAAAAUGGAAGAUUCUGCAAAUGAGUAGAAAAUGAAAUCCAUGUUGAAUGUGAUAAAGCUGCAAAAAUAUGCCUAUUUUUAAUAGAUUCCUGACAUUUGGUAUCUUACAGGGAUUCUAAGCCGCACCUGAAUAUAGUCCCUAAUUUAAAUCUGUGCCAUCAGAUUAAAGACAUACAAGAGCAUAGUUGGGGGAGUUAUACCUCACUAUCACUACUGAUAUGUUGUGUGGUUAGUGAAGAAUUCUACGCCAGAGAAGUAUAAAAUUACUCCAAGUAAGAUCAAAGAUUUGACAAGAACUCAUGUAGAAAUUGCAGGUAGUGGUGGUUGAUUUUCAUCCCAGAGAUGGAAGCUAUGGUGACCUGUGGCCGAUGUAAACUGUUUUUAGAACACUGCUCCCUAGUUAAGUGGCAUUGAUCACACUCCUAAAGAUGCCAUUAUUAAAUUGGGCACAACUGUCUUUUACCAUUUGGAUCCAAAGUUUCAUGAAGCACAGAGAGAAUCAUAGAAGAUUAGGGUUGGAAGAGACCUCGGGAGGUCAUCUAGUCCAACCCCCUGCUCAAAGCAGGACCAACCCCAACUAAAUCAUCCCAGCCAGGGCUUUGUCAAU